AUGCUCUCGGGCUUCAUCGAAGGCAUCAUCGGACUGAUCUUCUCGCUGUUUCAAUCCGUCGCUACAGGCAUUAUUCAGCUCUUUUUCCCACAGCUAAGCGAGGUUCACAAGCAUUUUCAAGAAAACUGGAAAAGAUAUGCCACUUUCGCUUUAUACGCCUUUCUGACGGCCUCACUUCUGGGAGGAUUGUUCCUCUUUUGCUUGCUACUCGCCUACUUCUUCAACUCGUGGCUCUCUUUCGGGAUGCAAAUCCAGCGAAUUGACGUUGACUUUGACAUGGCUCGCGAAAACGGGCUCAAGUGGGGAUACGAAGCGCCAACAAUGGAGGACUCUCAAUUCGAGGAGUAUCUGAAUGAGUUCAUUCUUUCGAAGGAAAGUGCAAGCUCGUUCGUACGCGAUAGGGACUCCUCGCGCUAUCAUCACUACGAAGAUGACGACUCUUACAGCGAAUUUAUUGACACUAUCAAGAGAUCGAAGAGGGAGAUUUACAAACUGAAGAACAAGCUCAAAUCGCAGGCUGCAGAUUCGAUGCGAUGUGUUCAGAAAGCGUCAAUUCCCUCUGCUUUGAGUCAAGGAGUCGAGUUUUCCAUGAGCAUUUCUUUCGUAACACCAGAAUCGCAUUAUCAGAGGCUCGAAGCGAACACGCCUCUGCAAGUUGUAAUAGGAGAUCAAACAAUUAUCAAGCCGAUUCCAACGCCUUCCCGUUCAUAUCUUCUCUCAACCUUCCGAACGAUCUUCUAUUCUCCGUAUUUGAUUCUCGGGCUAAUGCCGGAAACGAACGACAUCGAAAUUUCGCUUUACGGAGGCGCAAACAAGCCUUUCAAAAGCUCAGUUACCGAGCAAUCAAUCGAACUGAUUGUCGAGUCCUGUGAUUUACAAAUUCUCGAUGCGACAUUGUUGGUAACUCCGACCAUCUCCUGGUUUCAGUCUGCUCUGGGUCGCUUUCCACUUCUCUCUCUUUUCUUCACAGCUUCAGUUUUUAACGGCCUCGUGUUAAUAGCUAUUUCUGCCUCUGGGUUGGUCUACGUCCAUCUUUCGUCGAAGUCCUCCGAAAAACCGACAAAAAGAACAAGCUCUACUAAAGAUCCAAACUCGAACGUAGAAAACAUCUCAACUGUUCCUGACUCUCUCUUAUCGGAGCGAAAGAGCUUCCGACAAGACACUGAUUCUUGGUCGGAAUGUUCCGACUCGCCUGUUUCUUGA